AUGAAGCUGCUCUUCCUAAGUUGCUUGCUGUUUUCUUGCUGUUGCCAGUCUCAGGCAGUGACUAGGGAAUACUACAUUGGCAUCACAGAGACAGAGUGGAACUAUGCUCCUGGCAAUACCAAUAUCGUGUCUGGACAGCCUUUUGCAGCAGAAGAGCAGGCUGAAGUCUUUCUCAAACAAGGACCACAUAGGAUAGGAAGCACUUACAAGAAAGCUGUCUACACUCAGUAUACCAAUCAUUUAUAUGAUGUGGUAGUUGAAAAGCCUUCCUGGCUGGGGUUUUUAGGCCCUAUCAUUAAGGGAGAAGUUGGAGAUUCCAUUAUUAUUCACUUGAAGAACUUUGCAUCCAGAAGCUACACGCUGCAUCCACAUGGUGUAAGAUACACAAAGGAAAACGAAGGUGCCUUUUAUCCUGACAACACCAAAGAUUUGCAGAAGAGAGAUGAUGCUGUGAAGCCUGGAGGCCAGUACACUUACACAUGGGAUGUGACAGAAGAUCAAGGUCCAGCUAAGGGAGAUGCAGACUGCAUAACCAGGGUCUACCACUCUCACAUAGAUGCUCCAAGAGAUGUUGCCUCAGGGCUUGUUGGGCCUUUAAUAAUUUGCAGGAAAGGUACAAUGGAUGAGGGCAGUGCUGAACUCUUUGAUGCUGAAUUUAUCCUUAUGUUUUCUGUGAUGGAUGAAAAUCUCAGUUGGUACCUAGAGGACAAUAUCAGGACAUACUGUUCUGAACCUUCCAAAGUUGACAAAGAUGAUGAAGACUUCCAGGAGAGCAAUAAAAUGCACUCAAUCAACGGGUACAUGUAUGGAUACCUGCCAAACCUCACCAUGUGUGUGGAAGACAAGGUAAAAUGGUAUCUCUUUGGCAUGGGUAAUGAAGCUGACAUCCAUUCAGCCUACUUUCAUGGACAGACCUUGAUAGAAAGGCAUCAUCGAGUCGACACCAUCAACCUCUUCCCAGCCACGUUUAUUGAUGCUGUCAUGAUUCCAAGGAGUCCUGGGGAAUGGCUGCUCAGCUGCCAAGUGAAUGACCAUAUUGAAGGUGGUAUGCAGGCCCUUUUUAAAGUAAGAGACUGUAGGAAAUCCCUGAGAGAUCACACUGAGAGUACAAAGAUAAGACAGUAUUUCAUUGCUGCUGAAGAGAUCAUCUGGAAUUAUGGCCCCUCUGCAAUGAACCAUUUUACAGGACAAGAAUUAAUCGCUGACAGUGAGUCUCGUGUAUUUUUUGAACAAAGUGAGACAAGAAUUGGUGGCUCUUAUAAAAAAGCCAUUUACAGAGAAUACACAGAUGGGUCUUUCACUGUACAUAAAAAAAGACUCGUGGAGGAAGAACAUCUUGGACUCUUAGGGCCUGUUAUCAGGGGUGAGGUGGGAGAGCACAUCAGGGUGACCUUCCGGAACAACGCCAGCCGCCCGCUGAGCCUCCAGCCCCACGGCGUGAGCUACCGCAAGGCCCACGAGGGAGCCGCCUACGGCGCCGCCAGAGGCACUGAAUCUCCAGCCUCUCAUGUGAGCCCUGGUGCUACGUUUACAUACGAGUGGGAUGUGCCAGAAGAUGUGGGCCCCACAGAGCAAGACCCAGACUGUUUAACUUGGAUUUAUUACUCAGCUGUGGAUGCAGUCAGAGACACCAAUUCUGGCCUUGUGGGUCCUCUCCUGGUGUGCAGGAAAGGAGCUCUUCAUCCUUCUGGGAAACAGAAAAAUGUGGACAUGGAGUUUUUUCUACUUGCUACAGUAUUUGAUGAGAACCUGAGCUGGUAUUUGGAUGACAAUAUUUUGAUGUUUACACUAAAUCCUGAUAAAAUUGACAAAGAUGAUGAAGACUUUCAAGAGUCUAACAAAAUGCACUCCAUCAAUGGUUAUAUGUAUGGAAAUCAGCCUGGCCUGGAGAUGUGUAAAGGAAGUGUGGUGUCCUGGCAUUUGAUGGGCUUGGGGUCAGAAGUUGAUGUCCAUGGGAUAUACUUUUCAGAAAACACAUUCACAACUAAAGGGACAAGAAGGGACACAGCAAAUCUGUUUCCACACACAUUUGUGACAGCUGUCAUGAAGCCUGACUCUGAAGGAGUUUUUGAAGUGUCGUGCCUGACAACAGAUCACUACAGAGGGGGCAUGAAGCAGAACUACAGAGUGAACCAAUGCCAUUGGUGGAAUGUGGAUGUAUCUAUGUAUCUCCAUGAGAAGAUUUACUACAUUGCUGCAGUGGAGGUCGAAUGGGACUAUGCUCCUAACAGGACAUGGGAAUUUGAGCGCCAUCAGCACCAUGAGGAAAGCCCUGGCAAUCCAUUUUUAAAUAAAGAAGACAAAUUCAUUGGCUCAAAAUACAGAAAGGUGGUGUACCGUGAGUACACUGACCAGACAUUCAGUACUCCCAAAGCCAGAACAGAGGAGCAGCAGCACCUGGAAAUUCAAGGGCCACUGCUUAUGUCAAAUCUUGGAGAUAAAAUUAAGAUAGUUUUUAAGAACUUGGCAUCAAGACCUUACUCAAUACAUGCCCAUGGAGUGAAAACAGACAGUUCUGUUGUUCCUGUAACUAACCCAGGUGAAACACAAACAUAUGUCUGGAAAAUCCCAGAGAGAUCAAGUUCUGGGAGAGGAGACCCACACUGUAUUGCAUGGGCAUACCAUUCGACAGUGGACAUCAUUAAGGACACUUACAGUGGAUUGAUAGGCACACUUGUUGUGUGUCACAGACAUUAUUUGCCAUCAUUUCAUACUAAAAAGAAAGUUCAGUUUGCUCUUCUUUUUAUGGUUUUUGAUGAAAAUGAGUCAUGGUACUUGGAUGAAAACAUUAAAACCUACUCUACUAACCCUCAACUUGUUGACAAAGAGGAUGAGGAAUUCCUUGAAAGUAAUAAAAUGCAUGCCAUUAAUGGAAAGGUGUUUGGAAAUCUCCAUGGUCUGACUAUGCACGUUGGGGAUACAGUAAGUUGGUAUUUGAUGGCAAUGGGCAAUGAAAUAGACAUUCACACAGCACACUUCCAUGGGCACAGCUUUGACUAUAAGCAAACAGGGGUUUACAGGGCAGAUGUCUUUGAUCUCUUCCCUGGGACAUUUCAGACUGUGGAAAUGACCCCUCAGAACCCUGGCACCUGGCUGUUACACUGCCAUGUCACUGACCACAUCCACGCAGGCAUGGAAGCAACCUACACAGUGCUGCCAAAGGAAGGUAGGAGCUCAUCUCUCUCAGUGAUGCUCAUUAUGUUUAAAGCUGUAGAAUGGGGCUCACAGACAGGCUAG